CACUAUUUGCAGACAUUAUUUAUUAAAGUGUCACAAACUUUCUUUUCAGAUAGUGCCAAAUGCUGAAAACUCGACGAAUGGUUCUAAAACAGCUGACGAAAUUGAUUUCGAUCGACUGUUACCGACAUUGUUCGAAUGUUUUGCCAUUGUAUUCUGCGGCUUUCUGGCUGGCAGAUGCAACUUAAUAACAACGUCAGAUAUCAAGGGACUGAAUGACUUCACGACUUAUUUUACGCUUCCACCCCUCAUUUUCUUGAACUUGGUUACCAUCAACUUCCAGCAUGUCAACUGGCUGUUUGUCCUUGGGAUUCUGCUGGGCAAAAUUAUCGUAUUCGUUCUGGUGGCAACAGUCACAGCUUCUGUGCACCGGCCAAUCAACCUAUCUUAUGCCGGACUUUAUGGAAUAUUCUGCACUCAAGGGAACGACUUCGGACUUGCUUAUCCAAUAGUCGCUUCCCUUUAUGGCAGUAAACGUCCGCUAUACGCAGGCUACAUGUAUCUCAUCGCUCCCACUUCGCUAUUGUUCCUAAAUCCGAUGGGUAUCAUGCUAAUGGAGACUCAAAGGAACAGGGAUGCUGAUGACUAUGAUCCCAAAGGACGGAUGUGCGUCGCCAUCCUGAGGACUAUAGGAAAAGUGUCUUGGAAUAUCAUCCGAAAUCCGAUAGUAUUUGUUACCCUUCUAGGAGUAUUUGGAAAUUUUCUCUUCCAUGGAGGACUACCCAGUGUGCUUUUUGGCAUUUUGCAAAUCUUAUCAUCUGCCUUUUCUGCUUGUGUUCUAUUUCUUUUGGGAUUCUCCGUUGCGGGUAACGGGCAAACAAAAUAUUCCAAAAAAGAAGGUCUCUUGACUCCUUCAGUUCUCCUCAUCGCCAAGAUGUUAGUCUCCCCUUUAAUUACGAGAAGCUGUGUUUCCAUGCUAUGUGCAGGAGCUCCAGAUGUAGAAGAUCUCGCUGACUAUGGAUUUCUGUAUGGCAUGGUUCCGACGGGUCCCAUUGUAAUGCUGUUUGCCGUUGAAUAUGGUCUGAGAACGGAAAUGAUAGCGUCUACUAUGGUGUUGUGCACUGGACUCUUCGGACCGGUCGUUUUCAUUUUAGCGAGGAUGCUGUCCUUGAAGGUGAGAGGCAUUGGCGAAUUUGCUGAGGAAUUGAGAGCAACAAUGCUAGUAUUGAGCAUUCUCAGCAUACUCUCUUGCGUGUGGAUUGGAAUGUCGCUCAUCAUAAGUAAAAAAGUGAAACGUCACUUGUACAGAGUAACUUCUUGCCUAAUGUUAUCCCAGGUACUUAUGGCUGUAGGAAUUUUUAUGUGGUCUCUCAGUCGAAACAGUGAAGAGUGGAUGAUGUACGCCGAAGUGACGCUUAUAUCCGCCGGUCAACUGAUGUGCAGAAUAUGGGUGGCUAUUCUUGCCAUGACCUUGGUCUUCCUAAGACGAAAUCCACGUGUUCCCUUUGCGAGAAAAAUGUUUUGGCCUAACUGCCUUGGAUUUGGAUUUCCUGCUCUUGUUGUCAUCAUGAUUCUCAUUGUCACCGGCAUAGGGCAUUGUGAACCAGACUUAGACAAAGAACUUCCGCUGUUUAUAUACGGAACAACUGAGGCAGUAGGUUCCAUCGUCGUUCUUCUACUCUGUCUUACCACUACCAGUUUUUGUUUGGUUCUUUAUUUCCGAUCUUCAAAGCAGCAACUGUUAAGUGAUGCCAGCGAAAAGAAACCGGAAGAUAAAGAAAUCGAAAACUGCAACGUAGAAAAAAUGCAGAAUGACGUCGAAAUGGCAAUUGAAAAAUGCAAAGAGCUACCCACAGAUAAAAGUCUUCUGAAUGGCGCAGACAUCGCUAUAUACAAACUGACAAAGUCAGAUUCAGAUCCUGUAUAUCUGAUGCUGGUCGUAAAGCCAAUAAUUUUCGACAAACAAAAUUGGAUAACUCCUCUGAUAAUACCUUUAUUUUAUUUCAGUUCACCAUGGAAGGUGAGUGACCACCUCAAAAGAUCUGAAACAUCCUUCAGUGAAAAGCACUUGCUAUCAUCAACUGACAGCGACCUGUCAUCCGUAAAUUCUUCUCCUACCCACGAAGUCAGUACAACGACAGAAAGCAGCGCUUCUGUCGUGGAUGGGGACACAAGCAGAGCUCACCUUCGUCAUGUUAUACUUCUCAUUCUAUGCUCUAUAUCUAUGGCUGUGGGCCUUACAAUAAGUACAUGGAAGUUAUCCACAAAUCAGCCGAAUGGCCUGUUUGUAGCAAUGGAGUUCCUAGAUGCUGUUCUAAAUGUUGGUCAGGGACUUUUUGUGUUCAUGGUUUUCAUAAAAGACAACAAAUAUAUAUUGACACCAGUAACAAAAUGGUUAAGAAAGGUGAGACACGGGUUUUAUUCGUUGGAUGGAGAAGGAGAUAAAGUCGAAGCAGUUAUUCAACAGUUAUGCAACCAGUUUGUGAACUAUCAUUGGGAUAAUUGUAAACGAGAUUUACCAAAGACGAUAAAGAAAAAUGACAAAGUUCACUUGCAGUGCUUCACGGGAACGGAAUUUGUAGACUGGUUAAUCAAAAUUGGACUCGCCAAUCAUCGAACAGCGGCAGAAAAUUAUGGACAACGUUUAUUCAGGGGUGGAGUUUUGAUCAGUGUUGAUGGGGCUGUUCAGUUUCAUGACAACAGUGCAUAUUUAUACAGCUUGGAAGAAAAAAGUCUAAAAUAGGCAACUACCUAGAGGCUGUUGUAUUCACCAUGUAAAUAUCAUCUGUACAUUGCUCUGUAUCAUACAUAAAAUAAAAACAAAGCUUAUUAAAAAAAAA